AUCAAACUUGUCAAAAAUAUAUUGCAAAAAUGUUUCACACAUGAUCAAUCUAACUCCAUACAAUUUUCAACCAAUAUUCCAUCGUUUUAUGGUGGUAUAUAGGUGCAUGCAUACUGUGACUGACUGUGUAACUUUCGUUCUGUCCUGUCUUUGCUGUCAAUGCUGGGAACCCAUGCCGCUUUCUCAAUCGUCAGGUGGGUGCACCUUCUACGGUGAUGUCAACGUGGCGCCAGAGGAAAAGCUUGACACGGGCCGAGCAUGUGGUGAACCACUGAAGACCCAGCACCUAGUGAUUAACUUUACACAAGGCCAUGAUGAUUCAAUCGAAGUACAGCAGAAAGUUCAGAAGUUCUGGAACCUCGUAGAUCAAUCAUCAGAGUUGGGGAAAUUUUUGGAACCACCGUUUGAGCCAGAUAAUUCAACGACAGCAGCAACCAGCAAGGCUUCACAUAAAAGUCUUCAUUCAUUUAAAUCUAACCUUUCGAAUAAAACUAAAACUAGCCAGAAAUAUCCAGCAGUACAUCUUUUUAGGUCUUUGGAUAAAAAGGGAAAAUCAAAAAGCUAGUUAUGGAGGAAUUGUAGCUAUACUUUUUAUUUUUUUUAAUGUAUUUAAGUUUUUCUUUGUAUGUAUUUGUUUAAUUUAUAAACUAUUUUGAGAUAAAAGU